AAUUUUUGAAUUGUUGCCGUCAGUGCGGUACUGCAUAGUUUACAUAGCCAACCAAGGUUUCUCACUGGUAGCGAAAAAUACGACAAAGAAGCAGACGACCAUUUCUUUCUAAAUCACUGAUGUUUUGACGGACGAGAAUUUAGCACCAUGUUUAUCGUCAACAACAGACGGACAAGUGUGAUUUCAAGUACCACUGAGUCUGCCGAUUUCACCGAAAACGCUCGCUCGGGACCGUAUUUGGAGGGAAAUCUAAAACAAAUUGGAACAUUAGACUGCAGUACUGAUGUGAUGUGCUGUAGGUUUAGUUCGGAUGGACAACACUUAGCCGUGGGAUUGAUUGAUGGAACAGUGAAGAUCUACAGUCCAUCCUCUUACCAGUGCCUAUACAGUCUCCAAGACGCAGAUACUAAACAAAAGCACUUGCCUGUCACUCAAAUUCGCUUUCGGUUGUACUCGUCUUCUGAAAAAACAGAGUACUCCCACAUACUUGUUGCCUCAUAUGCAUCCGGUUUAGUCAAAUUUUGGCAUUACACAUCAGGGAACUGUCUUCACACAAUCAACGAAGUUCGACAGACACUCAACAUAGCUACAAACCCAGAUGGCACCAGGUUUUUGACCACUGGUGAUAGUCCACAAAUCCAUGUGUAUGAUGAGGUCACAAAGAAAAGAAUCAAUACGUUGGAACCGAGCGAUUCUCGAGAUAAAAUGGAUGGCCAUCAUUUCCGAGUGUUUGCAGCCCAGUAUCAUCCCAACUUUCCACAUGUCUUCAUCUCGGGAGGAUGGGAUAACACAGUACACUUUUGGGAUGAUCGUCAAAAACAGUCUAUAAGGUUAAUCAGUGGGCCACAUAUCUGUGGAGAGGCCCUGGACAUUGACCCGAUUCACAAUCACAUCCUCACAGGAUCCUGGAGGAAAUCGGACGUACUUCAGAUUUGGGAUUUUGCUAGUGCAGAAAAAAUCAAAGAUGUUCCUCCAGAACCUAUGAAUGACAGUUUGUUGUAUUGUUGUCAGUGGCUUGGAAAGGAGAACAUCAUCUGUGGAGGAUCAGACAUGAACAUGGCCAGAGUCAUCGACAGGGGAACAUUAAAUACAACAGGUCAUUUAUGUGAACUUCCGCAGGGUGUAUAUUGCAUCGACAAUGACGGCAAUGGCAACAACCCAGUGGUGGCCAUAGGAAGUAGCAACAAAAUUUACUUAGUGCGCAGCGAAAAGAAAGCCAGCUAGGAAUAUUUUUCAACCACAUUGCACAUACAACCAUAUGUAUUUUGACUUUCAGGUGAUAUUUGAGCAUUUGUUGACUUUUUAAAUGAUAUUGAAAAAUUUCUUGUGAUACAUCAUGUACAUUGGAAGACUCUUUAUAUUAUGUGUAUAAUGAUAAUUUACUUUUUUUUAUUCAUUAAAAAUACAUGUUUAUAUCAGUG